GGCAAACGGUUUGGUGCUGGUAGCUUGGUGCUUGUGACUGACAGUAGCCAUCCUGACAGCUCGGUAUUCACCAUCUCUUCCUAUCUUUGGAUCCAAAACCGCAACAUUACACUAUGAGGGAAAUCGUACAUCUUCAAGCCGGUCAGUGUGGAAACCAAGUUGGAGCAAAGUUUUGGGAAGUCAUUUCUGAAGAGCAUGGUAUCGACCCCAGUGGAAUCUACACAGGAGACAGCAGUUUACAAUUAGAAAGGAUAAAUGUUUACUACAAUGAAGCUACAGUUGCAACCCGUAGCAAUGGAGGAAAAUACGUCCCAAGAGCCAUCCUUCUGGAUUUGGAACCAGGAACAAUGGACUCCGUACGAUCAGGCAUAUAUGGAAGACUUUUCCGACCAGACAAUUUCGUUUUCGGACAAUCAGGCGCUGGCAACAACUGGGCUAAGGGGCAUUAUACAGAAGGUGCAGAAUUGGUAGAUGCUGUCCUGGAUGUAGUUAGAAAAGAAGCGGAAAACUGCGACUGUUUGCAAGGAUUUCAACUCACCCAUUCACUAGGAGGUGGUACCGGAUCUGGCAUGGGCACCCUCUUAAUAUCCAAAAUCAGAGAAGAAUAUCCUGACAGAAUUAUGAACACCUACAGUGUUAUGCCUAGCCCCAAAGUAUCCGACACUGUUGUAGAGCCAUACAAUGCUACCCUUUCCGUUCACCAACUUGUAGAAAAUACGGAUGAAACUUACUGUAUCGACAACGAAGCUCUGUAUGACAUAUGUUUCAGAACUCUCAAAGUUCCGAAUCCAAGUUAUGGCGAUCUCAACCAUUUGGUGUCUUUAACAAUGUCUGGUGUCACGACUUGUCUCAGGUUUCCUGGUCAACUCAACGCCGAUCUUAGAAAACUGGCUGUCAACAUGGUUCCCUUCCCUCGACUUCAUUUCUUCAUGCCAGGCUUUGCCCCGUUAACCUCCCGUGGCAAUCAACAGUACAGAGCUCUUACAGUACCAGAACUCACUCAACAAAUGUUCGAUGCUAGAAACAUGAUGGCCGCUUGCGAUCCAAGACAUGGAAGAUAUUUGACCGUCGCUGCUGUCUUCAGAGGAAGGAUGUCCAUGAAAGAGGUUGAUGAGCAAAUGCUUGCUGUACAGAACAAGAAUAGCAGUUACUUCGUCGAAUGGAUUCCGAACAACGUCAAAACAGCCGUUUGUGAUAUUCCACCAGUUGGUUUGAAGAUGUCGUCUACAUUCAUAGGAAAUACCACUGCCAUCCAAGAACUGUUCAAGAGAAUCUCUGAACAGUUUGCUGCCAUGUUCAGGAGGAAGGCUUUCUUGCAUUGGUAUACUGGAGAAGGUAUGGACGAAAUGGAAUUUACUGAAGCUGAAUCCAACAUGAACGAUUUGGUAUCAGAAUAUCAACAAUAUCAAGAAGCAACCGCCGACGAAGAUUUCGAAACUGAAGAAGAACCAGCUGGAGACGACUUCAACUGCUGAUCUCACCUUUUUUCCUAGAUUCAAUUUUUCAUCUUUUCUGGCGAUGUGACGAACUAGUCUUCAAUAUUUCUCAAUUAUCAUCAUUAUUUUAGGAACGAAAUAAUUUAUUGAUACCGAAAUAUUAAUUUUUAGGAACACUUUUCAUACUUUUAUAUGGAACAAUAUUAUAAUAGGUAUAAGUGUAAGGUCCCCAUCCCCAAUUCUAAAUUAUUUAUUGACUCGAAAUGAAUUUAUGUAUAAAUUAUUGAAUGUAGAUCGAAGACUGAUUUUCUACAGAUUUUGUGGGGCUUAUAGUUAUUUAUUCAUUAAUUUUAGAAUCUUUUAAAUAAAUAAGGUUAUUGAAUUAAACUUUUUUUCUGAGCUA